UUACACUCCCUGCAAAAAAGUCAAUGUGGCUGAACUACAUCAAACACCGAGUCAAGAUGAUGAAGCAUGGAAUCUGCGCUUACUCAACUGCCAAGUACACUCGACUCGCCUUGGACAAACACAUCAAGAGCAGUAGUGUUGUCGACGAAUGGGUGAAUAAGGUGACCGAUAAAAAACCGACUCUGGUUUUUUUUUUUGCUGAUGGCGAAGUACCACCUGACGGCAGAAUAAGUAUAAAGAAACAUUUGCGGUGCCCAGGGGUGCGUAAGACUUUGAGGUUAAUAAAGAAGCGCCGAGAUUGUUUCAUACAAUUGGUGGACGAAUGGGGAACAUCUCAAACAGACGCAAGAUGUAUGAAUCGAUUCGAAAACCAGAGAAAAGACGCCAGAUUCAAGAGAUGCCGAUGCGUACCCGACGCCAGAACAUUGCUGCCAACGAAAAUUGUGUCAAAGUUGGGCAAAACGGAUCUAUCGAUUUACCGACAGUUACAACGCGCCAUUAACGAAGAAGCAUCGGAAGAAGACGAGUGUUUAUUCCCAAAAGUAAAAUGUUACUACAAAAACUGGCGAUUAAACCUCGAAUGCUCUGUGAUUUGGCAUCGUGACGUCGUGGCUGCUAAGAACAUUCUACUGAAAGGACUAUGGACAUUACUGGGACUUCCGAUACCGGAGGCGAUCAAUAGGUAUUGGCGCGAAGCUGUUGAAGCAGCCGCUGCUGCUGUCGCCAUCGUGGAUAAUGAUGUAGAAAUGUUCGAGUACGACCAGCAUCCAGCUGAUCAUGCUGUCUAAUCAGCACAUUGCAAACAAAAAAAAAACAAAUGUAACAUUAGUUAUUAAAGGCUAUCCCGAUCAUGUGGGAUAGUUGCGUUGCAGCAAGUUGACUCCCCAUCUGGUUGAUGUUAACUGCGCAGGAGUACUUUAGUGGGUGUUUUUAGGUAAGCAUUAUUCGAUUUUGCAAAGAGUUUUUUGCUUCGGGACGUGCCAAUAUCAAUCGAUUCUUUACAUUAAUGCCAUUAUUUGAAACAGAAUUUUAUGCUCUUUAAAUUGAAAACUACCAAUUUUCUC